AUGUUCCAGCUUGUCAUCGUUUCGUCUUUGCUGGCCAUGGCCAUGGGUUCCCCGUUGGUGGCGAUUCAACCGAAACAUCCGGAAGCCGACGCCCAAAUUCUGUCCUUCGAAAGUGGCCUACACGACGAUGGCCACUUCGGUUGGUCCUACCAGACUAGCAAUGGAAUCGCUAACCACGAGGAGGGACUGGGAGCUCACGCGGCCAACGGAGUGUACUCCUACACGGGUCCCGAUGGAGUUCAGUACCGGGUGCAGUACGUCGCCGAUGAGUCCGGAUUCCGCGCGGAAGGUGCUCAUUUACCCACUCCACCUCCUACACCGGAUCACGUUCUUAAAUCGUUGGAAUUGAUCCGUGCCAAUCCACCGAAGGAUCAGCCAGAUUUCAGCCUGGAAGCGCUGGAUGCCACCAUUGCUCGGCUUAGGAACUAA